CCGAUGUCAGACUGGCAUUCCUUUUUGAACCUGUCCUCCGUCCUUCUCUCUUUAGAGACUUUCAUUCCUUCAUCCACGUGUCAUUUUACAACCCAGUUUUGGAUAUCUUAUUCUUAUUGUUAUGUCUGCGCUUAUAACAGAAACAAAAUAUAUCUAAUCUAAACUAGGAAAAACCAUGAGGAAGCCCAAGGAAAACCCCAGGACAACUGUCGCCAUUAUUGGCUCAGGAAUGGCAGGACUUGUGACAGGAUACUUGCUCAAGCAGGAUCAGAAUCAACAAUUUGAUGUCCAAGUUUUCGAAAUGCAAGAUAAAUUAUCCCUCGACUCAGCAUCAAUUACUGCCCCUACAGAAGAUGGGAAGGGGGUACGGGUCGAUCUCCCAAUGCGGGCUUUCGCGGGCGGAUUUUACAGCAAUUUGAGGAGAAUGUAUAAACAUCUGGGCGUGAAAUACGUUCCCAUCCAAUUCCUAUUUCCACUGUCGCAAGUGCCAGGCAGUAGGAAAUCGUCUCUGUCCUCAAGCCAUGGAAGAGAAAAUGAUGCCGAUUGCCAUGGGGAAGGCGAUGAUGAGAAAACUAUUCCCUCAAAGCCUUAUUUUAUUCAUUCGUCUAACAACCAUCGCAUCCCUCCCGUACGACCUGAGCACUUGGGAUUCUGGGGUUGGACUACAGAGUUUGUGUAUCUUUCUCUCUGUUUUUUGUGGUAUACCCUAUGUUGCUUUCUUAUACCACCAUACUCGUCGAGAAACCGAUACCAAUCCGUGUCGUCUCUCACUGGCGCAACGAGGAUAGAGGACGCAUCCCUGGCCGAAACACUCGGCGAAUACCUUGAGCGGAUAAUGCUUCCUAAGUACUUUACGCAAAACUACAUAAUCCCCCAAUUUUCAGCGGUGACAACUUGUUCGCACGAAGAUCUUCUCAAAUUCCCGGCCAAAGACCUGAUAGAAUAUUCGACGCAGACGUACAACGUGCCCUACUACGUCGUGCAGGGUGGUGUGAAUGUCGUCCAAAAGAUCCUGGCUGAGGGGCUGAACAUCCAGCUAAAUUCACGAGUAAUCUCCGUGGAGUCGCAAUCUGGCCCCUCUUCUAAGGUGCGCGUUUCGUACCGAGUGGGCGGGGAGGGCACUCUCCAUCAAAGGGAUUUUGACCAUGCUAUCUUAGCUGUCACGCCGGAUGUCGUUGGCGCUAUAUUUCAACCCCUGAGAUCGACCAUGACGCACCUGCCAACCACCAUCGUCGAGAGCAUCGUGCAUCACGACACGUCUUCUCUUCACCCGCUGUCGCAGACUUGCCACUAUGGCAAUAAGGAGAGCAAUGCCACCAGCAGUUACGGGUAUUCAUCGUCACCGCCCCCAGAGACACAGGUCAUCCAUGUCCGUUCGUCGCCGGCCGGCUUCACGGAGGCAAUCCACGAAUGUGGCCGUUCCGUUUUUGUCACAACUGUACCCAUAACGCCCAUCAAUCCUUCAAAGAUCAUCCACCGAACGCGCUUCACCAGAGUGCUGCGUACGCCGCAGAGCAAAGAGGUUGUAAAUCGCAUUUUUGGACGUGACCCCGCUGCCUCUGGGGUAUCGGAGAAGAGUCACCAAUGGCGGAAUGGAAAUGGGAAUGUUUGGUUGGUAGGAGGCUGGUGCUGGGAUGGGAUGGUUUUGUUAGAAGGCUGUGUGGUAUCUGCGAUGCGGGUUGCUGAUGCGCUGGGUGUCCAUGUUCCGUGGAGGACUGUGUCGUAGGAUGGAUAAUAUGCAUUGGUUGGUUGGUGGAUUGGAAGGUAUCAGCAUUUUACGUUUUUUGACAUGAAGAUGGAUGCGCAAGAAUUUUUCAUGUUUGUGGUACCUUGCCAUGCACCAUAUAUUUGAUACGAAGAUAUGAUUGAACUAUUGGAAUAUCUUUUGUUUUUUUUUGGG